AAACGUCACAUCACAUUUGCGAAAUAAUAUUGCGAAUUCCUUCAAGCUAGCGAUCACUUGUUGAAAUUAUUUCGUAAAUUACGUGAAUAUCUUGUUAUUGAUUCACACAGCGGAUAUUUUAGACAAGGACGUUAAAUACCAUCAUAUAAGCUGGCCCUACAGCUAGCUAUGGGGGCCCUCAGUGCUAGUUUUCCUUGUUAAAGUGAUGUGUAACUUGAUAGUCGGAUAGAUUUUCACUGUUUUCAUUCAUCUGAAACGAUGAAAUCUAGCAAACGACGACUUCAAGCUCUUACAGAAAGCUCUGAUGGAAUGCCCAACUAUCUCAAAAUGGAAGACUCUGAGUCGUCAAUCCCUCCCGUGUUCAGGUCACGGUUACACGAACUCUUCUCCCAGAUAGAAAAAGAGUUUGACCUUCUUUACACUGAAAACCUCAACUUACAAGAGAAGAUAGACAUUCUUAGUGAAAAACUGGAAAGGGAGAGCUACAUAGGCGAUCGCCAGAACCCAGACUAUGUGGAUUUUGAUGCCUCAGGCAAGAACUCUAAAGUUAAAUUAACACAAAGCAACUCCCAGAAGGUAAAAGCGAGCCACAAGCUGCGAGUGCAGACCAGUAAGAUCGUCUCCAGCUUCAAGGCUCCAACGUACAACUGCCAGUUGGUGCGAGAGUUCACUGCACAUAAGGACGGCAUCUGGGAUGUGUCUUCAGCUCGCCCAGGACAAGCGCUCAUUGGGACAGCUUCAGCUGACCACACAGCAUCAGUAUGGAGCGUGGAGUGGGGCAAGUGCCUGUUGCAGUACACGGGUCACACGGGCUCCGUCAACUCCAUCCGCUUCCACCCGUCCCGGGACAUAGCGCUCACCAGCAGCGGGGACACUACGGCGCAUAUCUGGCAGGCCGCUGUUAACUGGGACUUGCCUCGAGGUCAAUCCUCAGAAGAAGAACUAGAGGGCGGUGGCGAAGAAAGCCUGGGCGAGGGCGGCGACCGUCCUGAAGUACUGCGCACUCCGCUCACGGAGCUGGUUGGCCACUCCGGCGUGGUGGUGGCCGCUGAUUGGCUGACGGACGGCGAGCACGUCAUCACCGCCUCCUGGGAUAGGACGGCUAAUCUGUACAAUGUGGAGACUGGUGACUGUCUUCAGGUUCUUACAGGUCACGACCACGAGCUAACCCACGCAUCAGCGCACCCGACGGCGCGGCUGGUGGUGACGGCGUCGCGCGACACCACCUUCCGCCUGUGGGACUUCCGCGAGCCCAUACACUCCGUGUCCGUCUUCCAGGGGCAUACUGAGAGUGUCACAUCGGCCGUGUUCGCGCGUGAAGACAAAGUAGUUUCCGGAUCGGACGACCGUUCCGUGAAGGUAUGGGACGUGCGCAACAUGCGCUCCGCCCUCGCGACCAUCCGCUCGGACUCAUCAGUGAACCGGCUGGCGGUGAGCGGCGCGGGGCUGGUGGCCAUCCCGCACGACAACCGGCAGGUGCGCCUGUUCGACCUGCAGGGGAACCGCCGCGCGCGCCUGCCGCGCUCCGCCAGGCAGGGGCACCGGCGCAUGGUGACGUCGGUGGCGUGGGCCGAGGACAUCUCGCCCAACAUCAACUUCUUCAGCUGCGGCUUCGACCGCCGCAUCCUAGGCUGGUCCAUCCAGCCGUCCAAGGAGAAUUAAAAAAUAAGUCCUUAUUAUUUCCCUUUCAAAUUUUAAUUCUCGCCCUUUGCUGUUUCUUCGCGUCUUCUUGGCACCGUG